AUGAAUAAAGAGGCGAAUGUGGCCGGGGAGACGGAAUUGCCGCGUCGCGCCACACGCUCGAGAAAGCUUCCAUGCUGGUUACGUUCACCGUCGCCAACGCCCCUCUCCGCUCAUAAGCCUGCUGAAAAGCUUGAGCGGUCCUCUACGCGUGUAGCUGAGGGCACAAUCACCCAGACAACCGAUGCCAAUACCGCGGGUGUCAGGGACUCAGCGAUAGUAACACCAGCUGCAUCAACAAGCAUGUUAAACACAGCCGGCACUUCCUCAUCGAAAGAAACAGGUCCCGGUAAGAGACAGCGGCGUCCAAGCUCUAUGUAUAAGCCACCAGAGGCGCUGACGGCUGAUCUGAAUCGCACGUCGCCACUCACAACAGCUUCACCGUCUUUGUCAAAAUCAUCCAAGUCUUCGCGCUCUCGGACCAAGCCUUCAACUAAAACAGAGGAUGACUCAAGUCGUGUUUCAACACGCAUUACUCUGCGUGUUCCCUCGCGCAGUGCACAGCCACGCACACAGUCUCCGUCGGCAUCCACGUCGACAACCCCAUCAUCAUGUGCUUUGGCAUCGAAACCGAAUGUUCCUGAGCGAAUGGCCGGCGAAGUGACCCCCAGCUCAAAGCCAACGAUACCUCCUUCCUCUGAAGCAUCGUCCAUACCGGUGACGUUCACGCGUCGUGGUGAAUGUUUUUCUGAGCCGCAUCGACCUCGGCAUGAAUCUUGCACGAAUGACAUGGCGGGUAUCAUGAGCCCCAAACCUGUGCGCACAGCCGACGGCGUCUGUCGCAUGGGGAUGGCGCCUGUGUCAGACGACGAAGAGGACGACGAGGAAGAAGACCAUGUCGUCGAUGAGCUGGCGCGGGAUGCACUGCAUGUUGACUUUGCCGAACGCGCUUGGGCUAUAUCUAUUGAUGAUGCCAAGUAUCGAGGUGGGCAUGCGGAAAUUUUUUGUGCGGCAGCCGAGCAAGGCUCUUACGGACGCAAUGAAGCUCUUGACAUCGGGAAUCUUGGUGACGGCAGCAGAAUCGACGCAGGCGCUUUUCGCGAUGCUUGUAGUGGUGGUUGUGACGACUACGAAGACGACGAUGACGACGACAACGAUUUUCAUCAAACAAUGCUUCAGGAUGCUGAACUUGACAUGCUCACUCGUGUUGACUCCCCUAAGGGUAGCGAAGACGAUGAUGCAUUGACCGACGGACACGCCACAACACCGGCGUCGUGUGGUCUUAAAGACUCACCUGACGAAAUCCGGAGUUGUACGCCACCUAUGUCUGAAGAAACCAAAGACACGGUAUUUGCACAUGCACUUCCUGUACCGCAUCCUCGCACGUCCGAUUCAGGGACGCAUGCUGGUUCCUUAACACUCUCGCUACCUUAUGAAUUCGCUGCUUGUACGACUAGUACCCCUCUUCCUGACGCGAAUGGCGAAACACCACUAACGCCUGUCCAUACCAUGACAGCUGCAGAGCUCGCGGAAAUGUCGUCGUGCCAAGACGAAGAAAAGAACAAUGGCUUGCCAGCACUUGCAGCGCCAUCACUUCCGUCAGACUUGUCGCGCGACUCGCCCAACUCGGUGCCGGGAUCACCAGCGUCACCGACUGUAUAUCGUGUUAGCAACAGCGGCUGGGAAGAUUCGAGCGCAGCGUGUCCCACUACAAACCAGAGUGUGAAUAUGAACUUCACAGAUGUCCAGUAUCAGGAACAUGACUUUCAUGCCGGCGAUUCCGGCCGUUUGGACAGUUUACCGGAGCCACCUCUUCUAGACGACGUAUUCGAAUCGUCAGAAACAUCUCCUGCGCCUCAUGAGCAGGACAUCAUACCCAAGAACGAAGGGUGGCUGUGUAUCGACACGUCAUCCAACGUGAAGUUGCCGUCGCAUUUGCAUGAUGAUGCAGAGCUUGAUCCAUUUUUCAGCCCACCAGAGAAGAUGAUGGCAUUGACGGAUCUUGAUCGGGCUUGGGAUUGGCUAGGUGACUUGAGUGAGACGAGUGCCGCGUCUCAUCACUCCGCAGACCGAAAGAGAAAACGUAAUACUCACGCACUAGUGAGGCGGCCACGAGCGGCUAUCGCAGGCAAAGCAACAACAACAGUGUCGCCAACCUCGGGCGGUGACGGAUCCACAUCGACGGCAAGUUCAUGCACACUGAAUCAGCCUCGCUCCCGAUUGUCGCGUCUGCGAAGCAGAGCGCUAUGA